AUGGCCUUGAGGAGCGUUCUUGGGUACCGGCUCGUCACAUCCUUGAUCCUGACCUCAUCGCCGAGUUCCACAGAUUGCAUCCCGACCAGCCUAGUCGGUCGUCGUGAGACGCCCAUAGGAGGGAGGGUACUGUCAUAUUUUUCCUACCCUGUCGGAUGUUAUACGCCCACUUCCGGGCGGCAGCCAUCUUGGCUGUGGCACUUCCGGGUUACACUAUUUUAUAAUCCACCUCACUAUAUAAGCACGCGGUCUGCAAACACUCCUUGCCAGAUUGUCUCAUCGCGUUACCGAUCGUGUAUGCCUUUCCGGCCUCAGGCACAGCAAACCAGACCACAGUAUGCAAAUCUUGAGAAGCCAAUCCAAGCAGAACUUGUAAAAGCUUGCCAAAAUCAAAAAAUGGAUUAUGAAGAUUUAUUGACAUUGGAUCCUUUUUCAGCACGUUAUGAGACUAAUGUUACAACAGACAAUGAAGGAGACUAUUUGCCACCUGAUAGUGGCAUUUGUGAAAAAAGUUGGGUGAGAGAGUUUCGUGGCUCAUAUGAACCCCCUCUUUACUGGAUCAUCUUUGCAGUGGGAGCUGUAGGCAAUUUACUUGUUGUAUGGAUCUACACUACUGUAAGAAACCGACUUAAAACAAUGACAGAUGUCUACUUGCUAAACCUGGCAAUAGCUGAUCUGCUCUUCCUGGGCACACUCCCAUUUUGGGCCACAGACGCUGCCCAGGGAUGGGUGUUUAGUGUCAGUGUCUGCAAGGGAGUCUAUGCUGUCUACAAGAUCAAUUUCUUUGCUAGCAUGCUACUACUUACUUGCAUUAGUGUAGACCGCUACAUAGCGAUUGUCCGUGUAACACAGGCCCACAACUUUAAAAACAAGAGAAUGUUCUGCAGUAAGUUGGCCUGCCUGUUUGUGUGGCUGCUCUCCUGUCUUUUGUCUCUCCCUGAGUUUCUUUUUGCUAAGGUGAGAACAAGCCAGCAAGAUAAAGCCUUUUGCAGUCUGGUUUAUCCCUCUGAAAACAAAAACCUUACCAAAGUUUUGGUGUUGUGCCUGCAGAUCACAGUAGGCUUCUGUGUACCUCUAUUUGUAAUGGUUGCAUGCUAUUCUGUGAUCAUCCGCUCCCUGAUACAGGCUCGCAACUUUGAGAAGCACAAAGCACUAAGGGUCAUCUUGGCUGUGGUGGGAGCCUUUGUCCUCUCUCAGUUGCCGUACAAUGGCCAUUUGGUUGUAGAGGCAACACAAGCAUAUAACAUGACCAUGACAGUGUGUGAUGAUGUAAAGACCUUUGAGGUGGCUGGGCAGGUUGUGAAAAGUCUAGCUUACACACACUGUUGCCUGAACCCUAUCCUGUAUGCUUUCAUUGGGGUGCGUAUUCGUAAGGAUCUACUCCAUCUGUGCCAGUGCCUGACCUCAGGACUUGGUGGCAUUAACAAAGUGUCAGUUCCCAAGAGACCAUCUGUUAUGUCUGACACAGAAAUCACACCAGCACUGUCUUUGUAGAAAAUUUUUAACCAAUUGCCUUGUCCAGUUACUUUCACUUAAAAGCAUAUGUAUCACACACCAGUUGAUAAUUGUUAAUAGUGACUUCUUUGUCUCUCUACUCAAAUAUCAACUGGAAUUUUGAACCCAUAUGGACAGUGACUACAAGCAUAUAAGAUGACAAAUAUACAAUCUUCAAAUUCUCCAAGAGAAAUUCUGCAAGAAAGGACCUUCUGAAAUACAAACCUUGACUAUGUUCAAUGCUUAAUUAAUACUACUCAACACACUAUUGUUCUUGUUCAGUGUCCGUUGAUAUUGAGUUUCUGAAAUUAACAAAUGGUUCUAGCAUGAUCAUGGUUUAUUUUGUGUUUGUAUUUUGUGUUGUUGUUUUUUUUAUUUUGUGGUUUAAGUCAUGUUUUCUUAGUAAUUAUAAGCAUGCUGCCUAGAUUUGUUUUUGUUUUGUUUUUUCCAGUGAAAGCUCCAGUAAGCUUUUUUUCCUCGUCUUUUGGUUUAUCCUUAUUUGUCUAAAAUGUUUAUAGAAUUAUAGAACUUUCAAAUAAAGCAUAUUUCAAGAA